CCUUUGAUUUAUAUCCCUGCCCAUAUAAUAACAGUAAACAUUAUUUUAAAUCGUUCUUUGUUAAAUUGUUCUGUUGCUACAAUUAUAAUAUUGUCUGCUAAGUUUUCAUGAUACAUACUAUUGCCAGAACAUUGAACACGUUCGCAAGAAAAGUGUUAAGAAGUGAAGUUAACCCGAGUACAUCUUUAAACUCCCCCCGUUAUCCGGUUUCGUAGCCGCUGCUAUGAGCAACGCUGUUAUGAUGGACUACGAAUUCAAGAUGAAGACUCAACAGGAACGGGCCAAAGUGGAAGACCUUUUUGAGUACGAGGGCUGCAAGGUUGGCCGCGGAACCUAUGGCCAUGUCUACAAAGCUCAUCGCAAAGAAAGCAAUGAUACGAAGGACUAUGCACUGAAGCAAAUUGAGGGCACUGGAUUAUCGAUGUCAGCCUGCAGGGAGAUUGCGCUGCUUCGAGAACUCAAGCAUCCUAACGUGAUUAAUCUUAUUCGAGUGUUCUUGUCGCAUACCGACCGCAAAGUUUGGCUGCUUUUUGAUUACGCCGAGCACGAUCUGUGGCAUAUCAUUAAGUUUCAUCGUGCAGCUAAGGCCACAAAGAAACCAGUCAUGGUUCCAAAAGGAAUGGUCAAGAGUUUACUGUACCAGAUUUUGGAUGGUAUUCAUUAUUUGCACAGUAAUUGGGUUUUACAUCGAGAUUUAAAACCGGCUAACAUUUUAGUAAUGGGAGAAGGUAAUGAGCGAGGGCGGGUAAAAAUUGCCGACAUGGGCUUUGCCAGACUUUUCAAUGCUCCGUUGAAGCCGUUGGCAGAUUUGGAUCCAGUUGUGGUGACAUUUUGGUAUCGGGCACCCGAGUUAUUACUCGGAGCAAGACAUUAUACCAAGGCAAUAGACAUUUGGGCCAUAGGAUGCAUAUUUGCCGAAUUACUGACUUCAGAGCCAAUAUUUCACUGUCGACAGGAGGAUAUUAAAACAAGCAAUCCUUAUCAUCAUGACCAAUUAGAUCGAAUCUUCAAUGUUAUGGGUUUCCCACAAGAUAAAGACUGGGAGGAUAUUCGUAAAAUGCCAGAACAUCACACUCUUACGAAGGACUUCAAGCGUUCAAAUUAUGCUAACUGUUCCUUAAUCAAAUAUAUGGAACGUCAUAAGAUUAAACCAGACAGCAAAGCGUUCCAUUUGCUCCAGAAACUGUUGCUGAUGGAUCCAAACAAACGAAUCACCUCGGAACAAGCUAUGCAAGACCCGUACUUUUCUGAGGAUCCACUGCCUACUGCAGAUGUAUUUGCUGGUUGUCCGAUUCCUUAUCCCAAGCGUGAGUUUCUUACCGAUGAAGAUCAAGAUGAUAAGGGUGAAAAUAAACGUCAACAGCAGCAACAACAGGCUAAUCAAACACAACAGAAUCAGCAACAGCAGCAAGGAAAUCAUCAAUCGCAACAGCAAAAUCAACAGCAACAACAGGCAAACAAUCAACAGGCACAGCAGCAACAACAACAACAACAGCAGCAACAACAACAGCAACAAAUGCAACAACAGCAGCAACAGCAAGCACAAAACGCUGCCAUGGAUCAUAAUGCUGCCAAGCGAGUGCGUAUGGCUGGUCCAAACGGGCAACCUGGGAAUGGGUUAAAUCCGCAAGACUAUCAACAGCAAGCGCAGCAGGCUGCUGCUGCUGCUGUUGCAGCUCAGCAGCAGCAACAACAACAACAGCAAAUGAUGUUCAACAACUCACAACAAGGAGGUUUCCAGCAAAGGUAUUGAUUUUCAUCCAUGGUAUAUUAAUCGAUAGGCGAAUAUAUUAAGAAUCCAAUCCAACUAACAUAAAAAGAGAGAGUAUCAGAAAAAAUAUUGUGAAUUCUUGGUUCCUUUUUAGUCUGUGGUAAAACUCAACCACAACCUCCGAAAACCUUUUGUGUAAGAUAAUAAAUUGAG